UUUUAGCGUGUUUGGUGGGAGACGCUCAGUGAUCAACGCGACACUUCUAAAUGCCACUCGUUACCAGCCAGCUGAAAAAAUACAGAAAAACAUGACUAAAUGCAUAAAUUAGUGUACAUUUAGAUCUGUUGUAUCGAUAUUAAUCAUGAGCUACUCUGAAAGCUGAAUUUGAAUUUGUGUCCUUCUCACACAACAGGAGAGGAGCUGGUGAAAAUAGUUUGAUAGAAUAGUCUCAGAUCCUUCUGUUGUUCGUGCAAAGAACUUUGCACCGGUUUGUAAGGAAAGUGGGAAUGUCUUUGUUACGCGUUUUAAUACUUGCUCCUUUGUUUAAAGCGCGUUUCUUUUCCUUUGUUUGCUUCAACUGCUAUAUAAAGCAAUGAAAGGCUCGGAAUUGCAUCCUCAAGCGUGUUAUUUAAUUCAAAGUAAUGAAAGGGGGCAUAGAAGCAUCUCUGCUUGCUUUCCCUUCCUUUGAAACGAAGGAUGAUGUUCAACGAUUGCUAGUCGACAUUCAGCAUCGGCUUCUUCUUGCCGCAAAAUUAGGAGAAUCAUUGCUUAAACAAAAACAGGUCUUGGAACUGGCGUUAAGCAAGUUUUAUUCGGACGGAAAACGCCAGUUGACGAAUGCUGAUGCAGUGUUUAAGAGUAAACUUGACAGAUUAAAUGAUGAAAUGGCGGAAACUAAUCGAGAGACUCAAAAAUUACUGCAGAAAGGUGAUACUGGACAAUUGCAUAGUCCGAUGAUUCAAACAAGUACAACUUUGCCACGGUUAACGGAUUCUCCACAUAUCCCCGCCUCUCAAUAUGUCAUUGAAGUUGCUAGAAACUUGCUCAAACAAGUUCAACAUGUUCAAAGGUUGCUUCUGCAACGGACGGAUCAGUGUUCCUUGUAUAGAAAGAAUGCUUCUUCACUCGCUGACAAACUUGAAAACACGAAACUUCAGUCAAAAUACUCUCAGCAAGAUAAAUUAAGAGUGGAAGAGGAAAAUCGGGAACUUCGUGCUCGAGUGCAGCAACUAUUGGAAAGCGAAUCCACAAUUUCGUCUGUUAACAAGAGACUUGGUAACGAGAAUAAGCGCCUGGAAUCGCUGGUUAAGAAACUUCAGGAAAGUGAAGGAACUUUUGAACAGGCACAUGAACAAACCUGUCAAAGUUAUGAGGAUCAAGUUUCUCAAUUGCGGAAUGAGAUUCAUGUUCUGAAGCAGAAAAGCACGGAUCUGCAGAACUUAUUAGACGAGGCAAACUGUCUGCUUCUCGAAGUACGCCAAGCACGGGGAACGAAAUCCGCUUCUCAACCUUCUGAUGAAAUUGUAUCUUUACAGCAUAACGACGUUGUCACUUCAGAAAUCGAGAAUGUUAUCCAUCCGAUAUGCAUUGAGGAUGAACUUCGGUCAGUCUUGUCUUCCUCCUCACCAAAACGUGAAUCUUCUCUUCCGCUUAGUCGGUCUAGUUCAAUAACUCGUAAGAAACGAGUUAGUCGUUCUAGUAUGCAACGUCAACUAUUUAGCCUACAAACCGAGUUAUGCAACAAAAAUGCACCACCGACCAUUCGAAAAAGGCAGCUUGGAUCUUCGAACGGAAAGGGUUUUAUGGUGAAGCCUAAGGCCCGGUUCUUGUUGGAUGGAAGUAUCCAGCAUCCAAACGCAUGGUUUGACAUUGAUGGCAGCGCUCAUGCUGAAUCUUCAUCGGCAGAAACAUCAUUCUCUUUAAGCUCUGCUGGCAGCUUGUUUCAUGAAACACAAAGUCAAUCUACGGAAAUUAGUUUGGCGGAUUGGGACAUUCCAUCAAUCCCAGACAAUAACCAUGUCUGCUCUGGUGAUAGAGAUCUUUCGUUUAAGAAGGAUUCAUUUCAUGUUGAAGAUCCCCCAAAUCUCUCACCGCCUUCCAAGCCAUCGCUGUUGACCACAUCGGAUGUUUUGAACUUGACUUAUGUUGAGCCAUACACUGAAGAACCCCAGUUGCCUGUGAAUAAUAUUUCACAAACUGUUGAACUAGUCUUAUUGUCUUCUUCAACAAUUUCGGCACCUGCUCGUUUGUCCAUUUGUACUGUGAAAAAACCACUUCCAGAAAAGCAUUUUUCAAGUGAAACAAAAAAUCAAAGUAUAAUACAACCACUCAAGUAUCAGAAAGUUUCAACUUCAUCAAGUGAGCAAAAUUUGCUAGGAGAUGGUUCCUGUACCAACUAUUCUCUUGCUUCUCAAGAAAAUCUCUCGUUGGUGACAAAGGACUUAAUGCAAGCUAAUAUUCUCAAGGAAUGUCUUGAUCAUUUCGUUACCUUUCAGCAUACGUUCGAUGGUCGCGUCGGUCAAGUUUAUAAUUUACCAGACUGCCACUUGGAUGAUAACUUUGACUUCGAGCCCAGUGCUCGCGUGAGGUUGUCAAGUGAUGCUGAUUUUUGUGAACUCCCAAGUUGCAUCAAACAGGUAGCGAGCGAUUCUACGAUCAACUUGGAUGCUUCGUUUUCUCCCUUAAGUUCUCAUUUUGAAGAACCUUGCCCGAUCAAGGAGGUGGCGGAAGAAUCUUCAGAUGCUUCAGAGAAUUUCGUUGAUGUAAGUUCAGAGUUCGAGCAGGCGGUUGCUGCGGUUUCGGGCCGUCGUGUGGACUCAGAAUCGACAAAGAAUGAACCUAAGUCAAAAAGCGUUACGUUUAUGAUAAACUCGGGAUCGAGCAAUAAAGCUUUAUUAUCUCGGAGCCCGUCUGCAACUGCGACUCAAAAGAUUGAAGCACCAAUGCCGAAGCGAGAAGAACAGUUGGACAAUGUAGCUGCAAGAUGUAUACAGUUGUCUCCAAUGGGUGUUCCGUUACAAAAAAACCAACAUUCGGAUUCUGUUCCCCAUCCCUCAUCUUCCAUGAAUAUCACUGAAGAAUGUAUCGCUUGGGUCACACAAGGCUCUUAUAUGCACAAGCGUAUUAGAGGUUUCUCACGAUUCUUGACUCAUGAUGGUAGGCAUAAACGAUAUGCAUGGAUUCACCCAUCUCUCCUGACGCUGAACUGGACUCGUUUAUGUCCGAAUUUUAAUGCCCCGAAAAAUAUGAAGACAAGAACAAUGCACAUUAGCAGUUUUCACAUAGUUGAGGAGAAAUCAAAGCAUGCAAAGGCCGGGUCUCAUAAUGCAAGCAUCAUAAUCUGUUCAGGAUCUACGUCUGUGUGUCUUGUUGCUGAAACAAGCGAAAUUCACAAUAUUUGGGUGUGUGCUCUGGAAAGGAUCAUUCACAGCAAAACCCUUUCUUGGUCCGAGCAGCAGAUUUCUCAGAUGCGGAAUGUUAUGACUGCUCUUCGAAAACGCGCUGGUCGCAGAAUUCGAAGCUAUAACGAUAUCCGACCUUUGAACCAAACUUUUCGCCAAUAGACGAGAAAAGCAUACGGUUUCAUUUCUGCUCAUGAACAUUACCAAGUCUUCGCUCGCUGGUCAUGAAAAUUGUUUGUGUUCUGUUUUGUAUAUACUAAUGAAUUUAAUGAAUGAACUACAAGUUUACGUUACAAUGAGCUCUAGUAAUCUAAAACGAUGAAACACA